AUGGCGGAUAAUGUUGCCCCCAGAUACAUCUGCUUCCUCUGCAAGCGGAAAUUUGGGAGCGCGGCGCUUCUUACAAAACACAAGCAGCUGUCCGAGCUUCACAGAAGAAAUCUCAGCAAGCAGGAAGAAGAGAACCAGCAGCGCAAAGAGGAGCUGCGGCAGGCUGUUGCGGCAGUCAAAAGGCAGGUUCAGGAAGUGGAAGUUUCCUUGAGCAAGCUCGAGGCACCAGAUGAGGCACUGGAGAGCCAGCGGACCAGCUUGGACUUGAAGUGUCGACAGGUCAUGGCGGAGUAUGGCCAAGUACAAGAGAAACUGGAGAUAAAUCGACAUCAACAACUCUGUGAACGACUUGCAGGCAGUGCUGACGGUGGCAGUCCACCGUGGAUGCUUACUGGGGCGCAUGAGACGAGUGUUGGCCGCUUGUUGAUGUCUGCAGGUGCUGCCUCUUGGCAGGGCAACAAGGAAGUGCAGGAAGAUCGCUUUCUUACCGAUGUGGAGCUGCAAGCACCUGGAGGUCAACGUAUAAUUGGCGUGCUCGUAUUCGAUGGGCACUCUGGCAGCCUCUGCGUUGACAUCAUGAUGGACUGGCUGCCCAGGAACCUCCAAAAGUGUCUGUCGGCAAAGCCGACGCUGACGGAGGAGCACCUAAAACAGGCAGUCACAGAGGCAUGCGUCUUGACAGACGAUGAGUUCUUGAACAAGGCGCGCGAGCGUGAGGCCUUAGACGGUACUACCAUGAUCCUGUGCCUCAUCUGGCCUGAUGAAGGACUCCGCGGAGAAUCACAGCCCAAGAGCAAGAACAGGCUGCUGGUGGCCAACUUGGGCGAUUCUCGAGCAGUGCUUGGGCGUCAGCAGGCGGGACGUUUGGGUGCCGUGCGCCUCUCUGAUGACCACAAGCCUGGACGACCAGACGAGCAGCGCCGCAUUGAAAGCAACGGAGGAGUUGUGGACAUGCAGGGUGUGUGGCGAGUCUUCACGCCGGGGCCAGCAACCUUCGGCGGGCGCAGUCUGCUUUGGGGACUAGCGGUGUCGCGGGCAUUCGGCGAUUUGCUGAUGAAGGAGCCGCAAAGAUAUGGGUGCACAGGCUGCACCGGCGCGCUGGUGAGCGCUAUGCCUGAGAUCACGAUGUACGACUUAAAUGCCAAUGAGGACAGAUUCCUUGUGCUAGCAUGUGACGGAGUUUGGGAUGUGUUGGAUGACGAGGAGGCUGUGCUGGUUUGUGCUGAGCACAAAACUGCUGACUUGGCGGCGCAUGCUCUUAUUCGGCGGGCCUUUGAACUGGGGAGCGAUGAUAACCUCACUGCUGUUGUUAUCGCGUGGCAGACUGGCGACAAGGCCGACGACAACAAGAAGCCCCGCCUUGACUGA